UCUGUAACCCGGAACAACAACAGUUUACAGAGCGACCUCGUGUGUGUAUCCAUCUCACUGUAAGGAGUGUGUGUUUGUCAGUAUUCUGUGUUAUAAAAAUAGUUACAACCUAGACAGACGCAGAUAAAACCGGUGUUUCUCUAUGGCUUCACGUCUGAGAGCUGACAUGGCUGAUAAUCAACCUGUGAUUCUGGAUGGAGGACUAGCGACUGAACUGGAGGCACAAGGAAUACAAUUACAGGGAGAUCCUUUGUGGAGUGCCAGACUGUUGCACACUAAUCCCCAGGCCAUAAGAGAGGCUCAUUACAGUUUCCUGCGCAGUGGAGCUGAUGUUAUCACCACAGCCACAUACCAGGCAAGUAUCCCAGGGUUCGUCACUCACAUGGACGUGAGCUCUGAAUGUGCCAGAGAGCUGUUGAUGUCUGGUGUUCACCUGGCCAAAGAGUCCGUGAAGAGAUUUGUCUCUGAGAGCCCUGCAACAGAGCAAAGAUGUCCCCUGGUGGCCGGCUCUGUUGGACCAUAUGGGGCUUUUCUGCACAAUGGUUCAGAGUACACUGGGGCGUAUGCAGAGAAGAUGAGUAUUGAGGAACUUAAAGAAUGGCAUCGGCCACAGAUUGGUUGCCUAGCAGCAGCAGGAGCUGACCUCAUUGCUUUUGAGACAAUCCCAAGUAUCAAAGAGGCAGAGGCUCUGGUGGAGCUUCUCAGAGAGUUUCCCAACACCAACGCCUGGCUCUCCUUCUCCUGUAAGGAUGGGAGGUGUAUAUCAGACGGCAGCCCGUUCACAGACGCAGUGAAGAUUGCUAACAGAUCCCUACAACUGGUCGCUGUAGGAGUCAACUGCUGCUCUCCAGGACUGGUGGAGCAGCUGCUGGACUCUGCAGGCUCCCUGCUGAGCCCAGAUAUGAGCUGGGUGGUGUACCCCAACAGUGGAGAGGAGUGGGACACAGAGCAGGGGUGGAUGACUCCAGGAAAAGCAUCAGCAUCAAUACUUGAACUCAGUCAUACAUGGAUGAGGCAAGGUGCCUUCUUAAUAGGAGGCUGCUGCCGUAUUGGUCCUGCUCACAUUAAAGACUUACGACAACAUUUAAAAGGAAGUUGUACCUCUGCAGCCUCUGCAGAGUGACUGGACUGAAACUGUAACAGUGAUUGUGACAAAGACAAAGAAGUCUGUUCUGGGAGUUUGUAAAAACCUUCAUUUAUUGUAAAAUAAAUUAAAUAUACCACUACAUCAAAACCAGUUGGGAAAACGAUGACAUCUGUAUUGGGACAAAGACAUAGAACUUCUUGGUAAAAGUGUAAGAAUAAAUUAAAUGUUUACAUAAACAGAAAAAAUAAAACCAUGUAGUCGUUCACAUUUUGUGUCAAGGUGCGUGAAGGAUUCCACCUUCACUUCUGUACAGAAUCCCGUCUUUUAAAAACUGGAAGGGUCUAUGCAACCAUCUCAAUGAAGGUUUCACUAAGCACAACAGCUGCUUUAACAACGUUUGGGACUGAACGGAAUAUCCACUGAUCUAACCACUGUACGUCAGGCAGAAAACAAGCCCACUCACUGUACCUCUACAAUGGAAUAUGAAGGGAUGAUCUUUGAUCUGAAUUCACAGCUAAAUAUGUCAUUGUCAUGUUUCCUAAGACAGCAUGAGCUGAAUAUAAUGUGCUCUAAUACAGUAUCAAAGCAGGGAGGUAAAGACAAUGUGACUGAAACAUAACUUAACACAAAGAAAAGGGUUUGAUCGAAUGAAAAUAAUCUUGUAGUGUGACUGUCACAUGGGAAUGUAAAUACACAGGUGGACAAAAUAAAAGUAACACCUUCCAGUGC